UAUAUACCAAUUACAUUUUUUCUCACCGUUCUUCUUUUUACUACAACACUUCUCAUAUUUUCAACUCUUUCUUUUCUGAAAAAAAAAUGGCUGAAGCUUUACUUGGUGUUGUGUUUGAAAAUCUACUAUCUCUUGUUCAAAAUGAAUUUGCAACCAUUUCUGGAAUCAAGUCCAAGGCUCUAAAGCUAUCAACCACCUUAGAUUUGAUCAAGGCCGUUCUUGAAGAUGCUGAGAAGAAACAAAUAACAGACCGCUCUAUAAAGGUAUGGCUUCAACAACUCAAAGAUGCAAUCUACAUACUAGAUGAUAUUCUUGAUGAGUGUUCCAUUCAAUCCACUCGACAAAAGGGCAUAUCUUCUUUUACAUUAAAGAAUAUCAUGUUUCGCCAUAAAAUUGGCACUAGGUUUAAAGAAAUUACAAACAGAUUCGAUGAUAUUGCUGAAAGUAAAAACAAGUUUCUUCUACAAGAAUGUGUUGCUGUUAGGGAAAGGUCAAUCAAUGUGGCUGAAUGGCGUCAAACUAGCUCUAUUAUUGCUGAACCAAAAGUAUAUGGUCGAGAAGAUGAUAAAGAGAAGAUUGUCGAGUUUCUUCUCACCCAAGCAAAGGGCUCUGACCUCCUUUCCAUCUAUCCAAUUGUUGGCUUAGGUGGUAUUGGGAAAACAACUCUUGCUCAAUUAGUUUAUAAUGAUCACCGGGUGAGUGACAAUUUUGAUACAAAAAUUUGGGUUUGUGUUUCUGAGGCUUUCUCUGUUAACAAAAUUUUGUGUACUAUUAUAGAAUCUUUUUCAAGAGAAAAGUGUGAUGCCUUAGAUUUAGAUGUUAUACAACGACAAGUGCAAGAAUUGUUGGAAGGUAAAAGAUAUUUGCUUGUUUUGGAUGAUGUGUGGAACAGAAAUCAAGAACUGGAAUUUGGAUUAAGCCAAGAGAAAUGGAAUAAGUUGAAAUCCGUGUUGUCAACUGGAUCCAAAGGUUCAUCCAUUUUAGUCUCCACUCGUGAUAAGGAUGUUGCUGAGAUCAUGGGAACAUGCCAAGCUCAUCAUUUGUCUGGUCUAUCUGAAUAUGAAUGUUGGUUGUUGUUCAAACAAUAUGCAUUUCGACAUGAUAGAGAGCAGCAGACUGAGCUUGUCACAAUAGGAAAAGAGAUAGUAAAGAAGUGUGGGGGAUUGCCUCUUGCAGCACAAGCAUUGGGAGGCCUAAUGUGCUCAAGGAGUGGAGAAAAAGAAUGGCUUGAAAUUAAAGAUAGCAGGAUUUGGUCUUUACCGAAUGAGAAUUCUAUUUUGCCUGCUUUAAGGUUGAGCUACUUUCAUUUAAACCCAACCUUAAAACAAUGUUUCACUUUUUGUGCCAUGUUUCCCAAAGAUAUAGAAAUCAUGAAGGGAGAUUUAAUUCAUCUCUGGAUCGCCAACGGAUUUAUAUCAUCAAGGGAAAAUUUAGAGGUAGAAGAUGUUGGAAAUAUGAUUUGGAAUGAAUUGUGCCAAAAGUCAUUUUUCCAAGAAAUCAAGAUGGUCGAUGAUUCAGGAGGCAUUUCUUUCAAGUUGCAUGAUCUUGUCCAUGAUCUUGCUCAAUCAAUUAUAGGAUCGGAGUGUUUGAUUUUGGACAAUACAAACAUAACUGACCUGUCAAGAAGCACACACCAUAUUGGUUUAGUAUCUGCAACACCGUCAUUAUUUGACAAGGGUGCUUUCACAAAAGUUGAAUCGUUGCGAACAUUGUUUCAGAUAGGUUUUUACACCACAAGAUUUUAUGAUUACUUCCCAACCUCUAUACGGGUUUUACGCACAAACUCUUCCAAUUUAUCAUCGCUAAGUAAUUUAAUUCAUUUGAGGUACUUGGAGCUGUUCGAUUUCCAUGACAUAAAAACCCUACCUGACUCAAUUUAUAGCUUGCGUAAUUUGGAAAUCUUGAAACUGAAACAUUUUUCUAAACUUCGUUGUCUACCGGAACACUUGACUUGCUUACAAAAUCUCAGACAUCUUGUUAUUGAAAAUUGUGAUGCAUUGUCCCGUGUGUUCCCUAACAUUGGUAAAUUAUCUUCCCUAAGAACAUUAAGUAAACACAUUGUCCGUUUAGAGAUUGGAUACAGCUUGGCAGAAUUACAUGAUCUAAAGCUAGGGGGAAAACUAAGCAUUACUUGCCUAGAAAAUGUUGGAAGUUUGUCUGAAGCUCGAGAAGCCAAUCUGAUAGAUAAAAAAGAACUUCAGGAAAUAUGCUUCUCAUGGAACAACAGGCGUAAAACCAAGACACCUGCUACUAGCACCGAGGAAAUACUUGAAGUGCUUCAACCUCACUCAAAUCUCAAGAUCUUGAAAAUACAUGGCUAUGACGGAUUGCACCUCCCAUGUUGGAUCCAAAUUCAAAGUAGUUUAGCUGUUCUUAGACUUUCUUAUUGCAAAAACUGUGUGCGGCUUCCAUCACUUGCUAAAUUACCAUCUCUCAAAAAACUCCAAUUAUGGUAUAUGGAUAAUGUGCAGUAUGUGGAUGAUGAAGAAUCAAGCGAUGGUGUGGAGGUUAGGGGUUUCCCAUCUCUGGAGGAGCUGCUUUUAGGUAAUUUACCUAACUUGGAACGGUUGUUGAAAGUGGAAACAGGGGAGAUUUUUCCCCGCCUUUCUAAGUUGGCCAUCGUUGGUUGCCCUAAACUUGGGUUGCCACACCUUUCAUCGUUUAAAGAACUCAUUGUAGAUGGAUGUAACAAUGAGUUGCUGGAGUCAAUCUCUAGUUUCUACGGCCUAACUACCCUUGAGAUUAAUAGAGGUGAAGAUGUGACAUAUUUUCCAAAAGGGAUGUUGAAAAACCUGACCUGUCUUCGAACUUUGGAAAUAUCUGAUUUCCCAAAAGUGAAAGCAUUGCCAAGUGAAGCCUUCAACCUAGCUUUGGAGCAUCUUGGUAUCCAUCACUGUUGUGAGCUUGACUCAUUACCAGAACAACUUUUUGAAGGUCUACGAUCCCUUCGAACCAUGGAGAUUGCUUUCUGUGAAAGAUUGAGAUGCUUGCCAGAAGGUAUUCGCCACCUCACAUCACUUGAGGUUCUGACAGUUUAUGGUUGCCCAGCUGUAGCAGAGCGAUGUAAGGAAGAAAUAGGAGAGGACUGGGACAUGAUAGAACACAUUCCAAAAUUAUCUAUUAAUUAGAUUGAAGAAGAAGAAACUUUUGACCAACAUUGAUUCCAUUACAAUAUGCCAAAUAAUAUAGAAUCAUUUGUAUAUUAAGACCAUGUAUAUUCCAAUCACUGCAAUAUUCCAAAUAAUAUAGUUGAUGGCUACUUUGGGAGUGCGACAAGUUUUUAAAA